UAUGAACACUCAAGUGGUUACGUGCUUGUUGAUAGUGUUGCUCAAAAACAUUACUGGUAUUAUUUCCAACAGGCUGCCACAAACCCAACCUCAAAGCCUCUCAUCUUGUUCUUGAAUGGUGGUCCAGGUUGUUCCUCAAUGGAAUAUUUUGGUAGUGGUAUCGGUAAUGCUAACGUUAGUGUUGAUGGAAAGGUAACUUUGGAAGAUAACUAUUACUCUUGGAAUCAAUUUGCUAACAUUAUCUAUUUGGAUGCUCCAGCUGGAGUUGGUUACAGUUAUGGUAAUACUAGUUUUUAUGCUGUUAACUCUGACGAUCAAACUGCUCAAGAAUCAAGAACUUUCCUCGUUGAAUUCCUUACUCAUUAUUCUCAAUUCAGAAACAGUGAUUUGUAUAUUUCUGGUGCUAGUUAUGGUGGUAAAUAUGUUCCAAACUUGGCCAAGUUGAUUUUGGAAGAAAAUGUUAAGGGACAAUUCGUUAUCAAUUUGAAGGGUAUCACUCUUGGUAACCCAUUGAUUCACUGGCAACAAUCUGCAAUUAGUUCAACUAAUCAUUAUGUUUCUCUUGGUAUGGCUUCUAAGGUUGCUGCUGAUGAAGUUGCAACUGUUUGUGGAUGGAAUGAUCCUGAUAAUUGGCUCUUCACUGCCUACGGUACUAACAAUCAAGAAUGUCAAGACAAGUUCAAAGAUCUUUAUGAAAAAGCCAUUAGAGGAAUUAAUGUUUUCAAUCUCUUUAAGGAUUCAUGCAAUACAACCACUAACUUGAACUCUGACGCAUGUCACGGAGAACAUUUGAAGAGAUAUAUGAAUUUGGACUCUGUUCAAACAUUCUUCAAGGUUAGAAGUAAGGUUGCAUGGGAUGCAUGUUAUCCAGAAAAUGGAUUUGUCUAUGGUACUGACCAAUUUGUUAGUGGUCUUCCAACUCUCCAAUAUCUUUUAGAUAAGAAGAAUCUCAAGAUUUUGAUUUACACUGGUGACAUGGAUGGAUCAACUCCAGUUAGAUCAUUCUAUGAUGUUAUUGCCAAGGCUACAGGUCUUAAAGUUCAACAAAAUCUCACUUCUUGGUCAGUUGACUCACAAAUUGCUGGUAGAAAGACUGUCUACAGUAAUGGAUUGACCUAUGCUACUGUCAGAGGUGCUGGUCAUAUUGCUCCACUCGAUCAACCAGCCAGAGUUUAUGCUUUGGUUUCAAACUUUAUUCAAAAUGGUGUCAUUCCUGAC